CAAAAUUGGGAGAAGAGCAAACAAGGACCUCUAUAAAAAAUAGGGGUCUGGUUCCAUAGAGGAGUGAGUAUCCCCUAUCCACUGGCCAUAACCGCCAUGUAUUUAAUCAUUUGCAUUGCAAUCAAUUCAUAUAAUGCUCACAAAUGAAAUUUUAUUUUCUACAGAAAAAGGAAAUAUAUUUAUAAACUAAAACAUGGGACGUCGAAAAAGAAGACGAUCGUUAGAUCGUAGACCAUUUGAACCAAAACGACGGCGAGUGAGAAGUCCAUUUGAUUUUCGAGGUUAUGCACAGUACGUAUCUGAAGAAACUCAAAACGGAAGUGAUGACGAGAUCGGUCCCGUGAAUUCCAUGGAUAUAAGCGGCGAACCGGAAGGGGAAGAAAAGUUGCCAGUGGAAUUGGAAAAUGUAGAAAAAAUGCUUGAUGUACCAACAUUGGAAGAACCUGACAUCAAACAUAUUGUAUGCAUGCUGACAACCGCUCUAGGCAGUGAUCCAAACAGCAUUUGCUCACUUUUAAAAGAUAAGGACUUUUUCCGUAGACAUGAUGUGUUGAGUCUACUUACUGAAAAAUUGACGUCAGAAUGUUGUGAUUCAGAAGAAUGGCUCGAAAAUAUAGUAAAACUUGUACUUUUAAUUACAAAACAAAAAGAUAUCAAAACAAAGUACACAAAAACCAUACUAGGACUGCUCUCUCAAAUAAAAUGUAUCAGUGAUGACACUAUGGUCAAGGACCAGAUACGAGAAGUUAUUAAUACACUGAACGUUAGAGAAAAACUAGAAAAGCUCAAAGAAGAUGGUGAUACCCCGCUUAUUCUUUCUAAAGAAAUAAAAGACGAGCUGCAAAAAUUAGUUAAUUGGCCAAUUUUACCAUCAGCACAGAUGAUUCGCCAGAAUGAAUCACUCCCGAUAUUACCCCGCGACUUAAAAUUGCCUUACAAAAGUCCCGCCCAUUAUCUGAUAGACCAGUUCAGCCUGUUUUUAGAAGAUUUUAUCGGUCCCCUGCGCCGGGGGAUCCGGAAUUAUAUGGAAUAUGUCAACUCGAAAGAAAAACAGGGAAGGUUCAAAGACGAUAACGUACGCGUCUACAAAAGAAUACGUCUCCUUGAUAACAAAUGUGUUCCCGGAGCAGGUGUUGGUCUAGAGGUGCAGUUUGACAAGGAGAUGUAUAAGAAGAUUCGUUGGGAGAGUUGCAAUUUCUUGCAAUACGGCAAUGUCGUUUGUUUAACCUAUGAUGAUUGUUCACAUUUAGUGUACGCAUUAAUUGCAAAUCGUGAUCUAAAACAACUAACAGAAGGCAGAGUGUUGCUGAAAAUUUUAAACGAGGACGCGAUUGACGAUCUACGAAAUGUCCAAGAAUGUCGUCUCGUUAUGAUAGAAAGUAAAUCCUUCUAUAUGGUUUACGAUCACACAUUGAAGUCUCUGAAGACUCUUGCAUCUGCAAUGCUAGAGAAAAAUGAAAACAUACCGUUUGCAAAGUAUUUGGUUUAUUUAAAACAGGACGUUUUGGAACCUCUUUACACACGCAAAAAAAAUUUUGACGUGAGACUAGCAGACUUUGGAUGUCUAUUGCAAAAUGGAGAGCAAAUAUCAAAAACGAUGUAUAAGAAGGUUCCUAUUCUUAAUGUUGAUAAAUGGCCAACAGCAGAGGUAUUAGGAUUCAACAAAGAUCAAUAUGAGGCGCUCAAAAAAUGUCUGACAAAGAGAAUUGGUAUACUUCAAGGGCCGCCUGGGACGGGGAAAACCUGGAUGGGAUUGCGAAUAAUGGAAUUCUUACUUUGCAACAAAAGGAAAUUUGAAAAAAGCGACAGUCGACCUAUAUUGCUUCUCAGUCACACUAAUCAUGCACUUGAUCAGUUUUUUGAGAAAUUACUUAAUUCAGAGAACCUCCGUUUUCUGUUUAUAAGGAAGGAGCGGCCAUUUGUAAGAGUAGGCGGUAGAUGUGUAAACGAACGAGUUCAAAAGUUUAUGCUGAAAGAACACAGAAAACAAGAGCGAUACUGGAGUAAAAACAGACGGCAUGUACAAAAUUCUACUAAAUGUGUCAAGUACAUUGAUACGUUUCUUUCCUAUUUACAGAAAAGUAUAGUAUCAACGAAGUGUUUGGAGACUGAAAACAUAAUAUCCCCUCAACAUGUUUGGUCACUAGAAAGAAAUUUUAGAUUUCAUGAGAAGUCUGUUCCAUGUAAAGAAGCUAUUAUUAUUGCUUGGCUACGCAUACCUGAUGCAGCGAUGUACUCCCGUUUCCACGUGAGCAAUGCGCAAAGUGAAACUGGAACAGAAAUAGAUGACUUAUUUUUGCAAGAAAAUCAAAAAAGGAUUCUUGGUGAUGAUGAUGAUGAUUUUGAGAAAGAAAUAUUACACGCCAUUCGUCCUUCUUUUGUCUUUGCAGAUGAACAUCUUAUUCCAAACAAUGUGAAAACAAAUGGAAUAAUAUUUUACACUGACACUUUCUACAAGAUCUUCCGAAAUGUUUGCAUUUAUCAGGAUUUUUGGAACCAAGUGCCUUAUGAACAACGCAGAAAAAUGUUGUCAUAUGUUCAACAAAAUCUACGCCACCAGGAUACUAUGCCAAUUCAUAAUGUAAACCGCAUUCGUAACGUAUGGAGGCUAAGUCUUAGCGAACGCUGGAAACUUUAUAGGUUUUGGAUUCACGGUUUAACAAUAAAAUUUCAAAAUCAAAGGGCGAAUUUAAUUUCUCAUUUUAGCAGGAAAAGUCAAGAUGAUCACCAGGAACGCUUUAGACGUGAUCUUUCUAUUCUGACCUCCUGCCAAAUGAUAGGAAUGACCACGACUGGCGCAGCGUCAAAUAUGGAACUUCUGAGAGAGAUUCGACCACGGAUUGUUGUAGUGGAAGAAGCGGCUCAAGUUCACGAGCAGCACAUUCUCGGCUGCUUAACGAAAGAUCUACAGCAUUUGAUUCUGAUCGGUGACCACCAACAACUUCGUCCAACAAUGAACAACUAUGAUCUUAGAUGUCAAUAUAAAACAGAUGUUUCUCUGAUGGAACGACUCGUCAUGAAUGGAUUUCCUUUCCAAUGCUUGACAGAACAACAUCGGAUGAGGCCAGAAAUAUCUUGCAUGUUGACCCCUACAAUUUAUCCAUCUCUUCAAGACCAUUCGACUGUUCUAGAAUACCAGAAUGUUAAAGGGAUGAAACAUAACAUAUUUUUCUUUGAUCAUCAAAAUCCAGAAAGCCAAUCAAACUAUUCUACAAGUUACACAAAUGACUUUGAAGUUGAAAUGAUAGCCAACUUGUACAAAUAUCUUAUUUUGCAGGGUUAUUCAAACUCCGAUAUAACAAUUUUAUCAGCCUAUAAUGAUCAAGUAAGAAAGAUAAGAACAAGAGUCUCUGAAAUUUCACAACAAUUAGUGCUAGGAAGGAAGAUCACAGACCAAAGAGUGCAUAUCACUGCUGUUGAUAACUUCCAAGGAGAGGAGAAUAAAAUAAUUUUGUUAUCGCUUGUUCGUAGCAAUGAGGAUUGCAAAUUAGGUCAUCUAGGAGACCCACAAAGAAUCUGUGUUUCGCUUUCAAGAGCUAAGGAAGGAUUUUAUGCUUUUGGAAACUUUCAAAUGUUGUAUAAACGCAGUAAUGAUCUGUGGAUGAAAAUAAUCUCAAAGGCAACAGAAAAAGAUGUGCUCGGGAAAAGCUUAUCAUUAGUUUGUAACAAUCACCCCCAAAAGAUCACCAGCAUUUCAUCUCCAGAUGAUUUUGAGAAUGUGAAAGACGGCGGGUGUGAUGAACCUUGCGCUACUCUUCUUCAAUGUGGACAUGUGUGUGAAAGAAAGUGUCAUGCAGAUGACUCAAUCCAUGACCUCCCAUGUCAAAAGGCGUGUUUAAGAAAAUGGUGUGACCAUGGGCAUCUGUGCCAGAGAAAAUGCUUUAAAGAAUGCGGGCCAUGCAUGGAAAAAGUAAAAAAGAAGUAUUCUACUUGCGAACAUGAAGUACGUGUUCCUUGCUCAGAGGAUCUAAGCGAUCAUCCUUGUCCGGCAAAAUGCACGAGACAGCGUGAUUGUGGUCAUCCCUGUACAUUGAGAUGCAGUCAAAUCUGUAAUCAACAUCCAUGUCAAGAUUUGGUGCAAGUUACACACCCAGCCUGCGGUCAUGAAUCAUUGAUAAAAUGUUCUGCAAAGGAGAGUUUUCUCUGUCAGAAGGAAUGUAGGGAAACGCUUCCUUGUGAUCAUUUAUGUAAGGGUACCUGCCACAGUUGUUCAAAUGGAAGAUUACAUAUACCUUGUAAACAAGUAUGCUCGCGAGAUCUUAUAUGUGGGCAUAAUUGUAAUACAGGUCAUCUUUGUUCGAGUAUGUGUCCACCUUGUUACAAAAAAUGCGAAAGAUUAUGUAAACAUAGGGAAGGAUGUCCUCGUUUGUGUGGUAAAAUCUGUGAACCUUGCAUGGAGCCAUGCAAUUGGAAUUGCGAUAGGAAAUGUAAAAACUCAUUCAUAUGUUCUAAACAGUGCUUUGAAGACUGUGAAAGGCCUCCCUGCAACAACCGUUGCAAAAGGACUUUAAAAGAUUGCAAUUUUCGACACAGGUGCGCCGGAGUGUGUGGUGAGAUAUGCCCAAGCUUCUGCAAAAGAUGCAACAAGGAUCAACUACAAAAAAUGUUUCCUGAAGCGAAAAGAAACGAUGAAACCCUUUUCAUCGAGCUCGUAGACUGUGGACACAUAUUUGAGCUGGAAACCAUGGAUAAACAUAUGCAGUCUGAGUAUACUGAUGAGCCUAAUAACGAUAGACAAGUUGUUUUGAAAAUGUGUCCGAAAUGUUUCACUCCUAUUAAGAGAAGCAAUAGGUACAGAAAUGUCAACAAACAAAUAUUUCGUGACAUUGAAGAAGUAAAACGAGAAAUUGAAGAAGAAAAAGCCAAUUUGUUCUACAAUAGCUUUUGGAUCAAUCAAUCAAUUCAAGAGAGGAAAAGACUUAUUCCGAGCCAUCUUAGAAAAUGCAUUGAGAAACGGAUGCCCCAAAACUGUGAAAAUAUUUUUGUCAGAAAAUUACUCAGGUAUCUUAUAUUGAAAAUAAGACCAAGAGUCAAAGAGCUUAAAAGAGCGCAUAGAGAACUUCUUCCUGAAAUGAAGGGAACAUAUCUAAGUAUGGUAAAGUGGAUUGGUAAACACACUGACAUAGUUUUUACAGAUCAUGAACUUAAGCAAUUCGCAAAUGAGGUGGAGAGAUACUUGUUAUAUUUAGAUUUGGUUAUAAUGAAAUGUGAAUUGGAAAAAAAUAAUGACAUGACUAACAUUACUGAGAGUGACAAGGAACUUCUUGAGUUCCAUAUAACCAGACUGAGAUGCCCAGCUAGGAGUACCUUUGAACCUGAAGACGUUAUAAAGGCUACGGCUGCGUUCGAUGAACUUAGGAGAAAAGAGCCGACUUCCUGUUCCUGGAUUUCUGACGAUAAACGAAGAAUCAGUUUAAAAAAUGUGGCGUGCACAAAGCAAGGCCAGUGGUACAAAUGUACUAAUGGUCAUUUCUACAGCAUUGGUUUUUUCGUCGAUACCGGUGACGAAUCGCAGCAGUGUCCAGAAUGUAGGUCAUCGAUAAAGAACUCUAAUAGAAGUAGUGACGACGAGGACAAUGACGGUGAAGAGGACUGUGAACCACGAAGUUUUCACCCUUCGACCCCGCCCCAAGACAAGGGGAAUGUUUCUUAAACCACAGCGAUGAUUGUCUAAUUUCAGAUCAACGACAAAAAUCGUUGAAGAUUUAAUUUUAUUUAACUAAAAUCCAUCCAUAAUACGAUUUUGGUCUUUACUUUUCGAUGACAUACUCAUGUGAUUAUAAUUGUAUGAAUUAAG